CUUGCCGUCUUCACUGAAAUUGUAUAUCUAAAAAUCUCUUUCUCUCUAGAAAUAUAUGCAAACAGUAGUAGUAUCAGUGUUAUCCUUGAACAUUCACAGACACCUCGCACACAAUCGACACUUUUUGUGCUGAUGAGGUGUUGCACUCGCACCACUAUACUCACCGCGGGGGGUUUGAAGAUGCAAAUAAUCUCUACACUUGUCACCUUAUAUAGGCUAGGUGUUCAGGGUCAAAUACGCGCAGCUGCACCUUAAACAAAGCGGGGAAGUUCAUCCCGGAAUCAUACGAUCUAUCGUUCUCACUCAUUAACUCAACCUCUCUCCAGUUUUCCGCAAACGAUUACAACAAUUUUACAAUAUAUACUGAAAAUUUUUCCCCACUAAUUAUCAGUUAGCAUCGAGCUCGGUAUAACGUCAUGUCUUCUUCACUUACAAGAAAGAUGAAAAAGCCGAAAAUCAACAAAGUGAAUAUUCUUUCGUCAAUGUUAAUUAAACCGCAAGCCUGCACCACCAAUAAGGCGGAAAAAAAAACAACCAAGCCAUCAACUUCAUUGGUGCAACAACCGCCAACCAACAUCAAUAACAACAACUGGCAAAGUUGCGCAUUAACUCAAAUGGAACCAUUGGAUGAAGUAAUUACAAUACAUUCGGAUAAUUCGACAAUCACCACGGGUCAUUUGGGCGAGAAUUUGGAACUGGACCUACUGUUAGCGCAGCUGGAAGGGGACCCCGCAACAAACUAUUUAUUCGAGCCAGCUCGAAUAAUACCGACACCGCAAUUAACGGAACCCCAGCGGUCGCCGACACCACCACCACCACAGCUGCCGCUAACAACACGGGUACCGCCGCCACCACCAAAGCUGUCGCUACCACCAUCAAUUUUGCUGUCUCCUCCUCCGCCACCUCCUCCUCCGGCGGAACCUGUUGUGCCAUCGGGCCAAAAACGACCUCGCUGUCAUGACAACGCAUCGCGCUCCCCUAGCGACAAGAAAAGAAAGGGCAAGAAUUUGGCAGACGUCGUCGUAAUGGUCGAAUCCGACCUGGAGGAGGGGUACUUCCCGGAAACACCGACGCAGCAAGAUGGGUCGCUGCAUCCUAAAACACCGAGGGAACUAGCCCUUACUACAUACGGCACAUUAAAAAAUAUGGAGCCGGUGUACCGGGCUAAGCUCUUGGAUGCAAGGAACAAGACGACCGAACUACAACGGCAGCUGGAAACGGCGAAGAAGGAAGAGCGGCGGCUGGAGAAAGAAGUCGCCUAUAUAGAGGACUUCCUCAAAUUUGUUAAACCUAAAAAAUAAGUUUAUAGUUUGUAGUUUUGUACAUUUUUUUAUACUUUACUUUACUUAUUCAAUAAAAGGCAAAUAGUCAACAACAUGGAGUCUUUUUUUAUCGAG